UGGUACUCCGUCUUCAAGCCCGAAGUUUCGGCGCACAGUUGGAGCUCCGUGGUGGCGGCACGCACACUCUGCGCUGUGCCGAGCCUGCCCGUAUGCGCAGCCUUGGCAGAUGUCCUCCAAACGGGGACCAAGUACCUUAACGUGUCUCGGCUGCCUGUUUACAUGUGCAACCUUCCUGCAGGAACAUCAACAAAAAACAUGCUUCAUCAUUAUCAGGAGGAACCUCCACUGUACUCGCUCGACAGAGUUCAGAAGGACAUCGGACUUUUUUGGAGCCGCGGGGACGCCAUCGUCACACCCGACGAGGUCCGACAUUUGUUGCAGGACCUCGGGCCCCGCGUCAAGAAGAACCAUUUCAUCGACGAUCCGGACUACGCUCACGCCAGUUUCGCCUUAGCCCUUUGCAACCCUACUGUUCUCCACAAGGACCUUCUGGAGUUCUUGGACAAGUAUAGACUGCCUUCGGAAUAA